AUGGAUAUGACGGAGUUAGGAUCGUGUUUAGACGAGAUCCCGCUAGGUGCUCGUUGUAGUUGUGUAUCUUUCGGCGAUUCUCAGGCAAAGAGUUCCGUGUGCAGAGCUAGCGAUGAACAGGGUUGUGCCAUCUGGUUCGAUUUUGAGCAGCCGGCGGGUAACUGGCUGCCCGUUCAGAUUGAGUUGGUCGUCGGGAAUUUCGCUUGGGAUUCAGAAGCUGGCCUCUCAACUGAAACGUUUGCGACUGAGGAGCCCGAAGACUGCAACUGUCUAACAUUAGGCCAGAAUGACGGGACCGUACCCUCAUGCUAUAAUGUGAACGUUACUGAUAAUAUGCAGCGGGUAAUGAGGUCGAACGACCGAGAGCAAAUUGACAUCGUCAAUUUGAACCAGAGCCGUUCACUUAACUCCACCGUACUAGUCAGAUUUAAUUCCACCGACUUGUGUCAAGACAUUCACAAUUUUCGAGUAAGCAACAGAUACCUUACCAUGAAUGCAUUAGAGCCGUCACUGAACUCAAUGACUGACCUUCAUGGACUCCUAAUCAUCAUUAUAUUAUUCCUUGCCACUGGUGGCAUAUGA